CUUAUAUACUUCUUAUUGGCGAGCUUUAACUUCUAUCGAUCUUCAUAGCCGCCAUUUACUUUUAGAUCGUUGUUAGUCAGAUAUCGUGAAGUUGUGAAUAAUUACAUCUGAUGUGAUAUUGCACGUUACACGCAGAUCUACCCACUCGGCAAAAAGAGACAGGCCUAUAAUAGCCCGGAAUAUUUGUUCGGUAGUAUCUAGAACAAGUAGUAUGCGGGGUGAUCCGCGUUUAUUAAAAGUGUGGUACGCAGGCUUGACGGGGCAGGCAAGCGAUGCCCAGGUAUUUUAUACGCUUGGAGAUCGGUGUUCUAUACGCUAGUAUUAUCAGCGACCACUCACAUCACAAGUGUUAUCAUCCAAACGCUAGCGCUACGAGCUCCAAUCUUGUCCAGCUACGAUGGUAUGCUCAUAUGAUCCGGCAUGCUUAUCAUCACAUCCGAGAUAGGGACUCCGCUGUCGGUCUAUAUGCCAAAGAUACCUACCUACCUUAGGUACCUUUCAUAUGUUUGCCUCACCACCUCUUACCUCGUCUCGGUGAUGGAUGAUUAUAUUAAUAAAGAGGGACCCCGCGAGAAGUGGUAGAUGGAAUAAUAUAAUCCUGAAGACAUGCCGAGAUCUCUUAACUGCAUUGGUCCUAUUUAGUACCUGUGGCACUCGAUAUUAUACUUGAUCAUUAUUCAAGAUGGCACUAUCCGUUGCCAUUUGGUUGGCGUCAGGAGUUGUCAUAUCCUUACUUACCUUUCUUGCCUUGAACAAAUCCCAGAAGGAAGUGGUUCUCAGGAGAUUAGGUCUCUCAAGGCGCAAUGCAUCCCGCCCGAGUACGCCGUUACUCGAGAAGCAGCCGCUCUCGAAGCCGUCCUCAUCAACUUUAGAUCUUUAUGCAACUUUGCCCCCUUCCCAAAGGGGUCAACUUAGCACUAUAGCGGAAAAGAUGUCCCCUGAUCAAAAGGAGGCGCUAGGCAAUCUUUCGUUCGACAUGGACACAUUCGCGCGCUCGCUACUAGGCUUUGAAGAGGACUACCGGACUGCUGAUGACUCGAAGUAUUGCUUCAGCGGCUUCUCUGUACGCGAGCUCAAGGCACUAGGAGACUUUCCCGACUAUUCAGUUAUCUCGGAGGUCCCUAUGCCCCAACCAUACCCAGAAUUUGAUAUCGACCGCGCUAAACCGCGGCCAUAUCGGCCAUUCAGGUGGGCAUAUCAUCAAACCAUGUCCUUGACUAAGCUCGAGACCGACUGGUGGAUCGAGCUGGAAUCAACGUACAAGACCCGGAUUGCACAGCGCAAAGAACUCUACGCGACACACGGCAAGAGCGUGCUAAAUUGGCUCCCCGGCUCAGAGCUUGCAUGCAAAGAGCUGAUGGAGAUGGUGUUACAAUUCAUAUGCGCACGGUAUCCGCAGUACUUCAUCUUGUCGCCGGACAAGUCGCAGUUGGAGAACAAGAUCCUAGGCACGGUUUCUAUCAUCAAGGAAAAGCAUCCCUUGCUCAUCCUGUUAGAUAACGUCCCGGAAGACUUUAACAUCAUGCUGCGGGAUCCGGAGACUGGGUACUACCACCUCCGCGCUGGUAUGACAUGUUCGUCCCUGGGUUGGAAUUUAGGAACCAAGAUGGGGCUUAGGCUCGAUGAUAUACACACGCCAAUCCCAGAUUACAAGGAGAAGAUGCAGUUUAGUAUGGAUCGUUAUUUUUCCAAGAUGCCCGCCAGCAAGCCUAUCCAGCGCGGGUCCUGGGGUCUCGAGGUAGACCAGCCGCUCUACAUGCCGCCGGGAGACCCGCACGAGAGCUACCGGGACGCCCAAGACCCGAACGUAUCGCGAUCGCGUAUCCACCUGCGCGUAGACUGGCAGACGUUACGGCGGCUCCCGCUAUCAGCCGGAGUCGUGUUUAACUUCAAAGCGCUGUUCACGCCCAUAGAAGAAAUGCGAGACGAACCGUACGUGCCGAGCCUUUUAUUAAAAGUCCUCAAGGAGGGCAAGGAGAAUCUUAUGAAGUACAAGAAUACCUGGCACACCGAGCACGUGGUGAUUCCGACCCUGGAAGAAUUCGAGAAAGAGCAGAUCGAAAAAGGUAUUGUCGAGAAGGAUUGGGAGCCCAGGACUCUUGAUGAUAGCCCCUGGUUUCCCGGGUGGCAGGAGAAGUGGCAUGCGCAACAAGGGUUCUAA